AUGGCUGCAGGCUAUGUCCCGAGACGCUCUACUAGCCACCCCUCUCAAUUUGGCUCCAUUGUCGACCAUGUCUACAAUGCACCCCGGAGCUUUGACGAAUACCCGCCCGAAACCACAACCUAUGGAUUCAGUAGCUCACCCUACGAAAGGUACAAUGAUACAAUUCCGGCAGGGCUGUCGUAUACUUCGGCGGCCAUUCCUCGGCAGACUGCCACGCCUCAGGUCCCAUUCCACUCUUUGAUUGCCUCCCGAGACACACCUCCGUCAUCAUGGCCGGAACAAGACGAAAGUCAAGCCUGGUACGACGCGCGACCCGGCAGCUACCCCUCAGUGGGCGGCGAGCAAGUCCCAGACCCCAGUUCAGGCUAUUCGCAACGUGGGCAUGCAUCGAAAUCCAGCAAGCGAUCCUCUCACAAGGCGCCGCGCAGCGGCACCAAAACGCUGCCCAAGGGCUGCCCGAGCGAGUUUGUCGUCUUCAUGCCCAGCAGUCUGGGCUCCCCGGAGCCCUACGUUACAGCCCGUGCCGUCAUUGACCCCGACUACCAUGGCGACCCCCUUCUUAGCAACGCCCUCGUGCCUUACGUGGGGAACGCCCUCGUCGUUGGUCACGAAUUUGUGCCCUUCACUGGCGAGCUCAACUCCGACGACAUCGCUCGGCCACUGCAAGUGAAGGUGAAGCCGUCGGGCUGGGGAAGUUUUGACUACAAAGCCGCGAGAACCGAUGGGAGUUUCGAAUCUCUGAGAGACAAGCUUCAGUUCUUCGAAGCUGAUGAGCGGGCGCAAAAAGCCAGGGACGACGAGAGGGAGGCGAGAAAGGGGGAGAAGAGGGCAGAACGCGAGAGACGGAAGGAAUCCGACCGCAAGAAGAAACGCGUGCCCACAGUGCCGGAAGAGACAGAAGCUGGGCCUUCAAUGCCGAGGGAGCGGCGUGCACGGUCAAGGCUUGUGAAUGUCGAGACGCCCGACCUUUCGGGACAGAACUAUGAUGGUCCUUUUGAAAAUGAGACGCAAGGUGAGGAAAUGCCACCACAAACAUGGUAA